CUCAGCUGUAGUCCAGGCAGAAGGAGGUGUGCGGUCUGUCGAGAGCGCUCCACAAGGCAAAGCACCACUUGUCAAGAGCUGUAAAGAGACAGGACCUUCACAGAAAUCGGACCGGACAACACGAAGUUGUGGCUGUGUAGUUUUUUGUUUUUUCCCCCCAUUAUGGCUGACCAUCUUUUGCAUUAUAAUGACUCAGCUGGGGUUGGGAACCGAUUUGCCCGCAAAGGUGCUUUGCGGCAGAAAAAUGUGCAUGAAGUGAAAAACCACAAAUUUACUGCGAGAUUUUUCAAGCAGCCGACGUUCUGCAGCCAUUGUACAGACUUCAUAUGGGGAUUUGGAAAACAAGGAUUUCAAUGCCAAGUGUGCUGUUUUGUGGUUCACAAACGGUGCCAUGAGUUUGUCAGCUUCUCCUGUCCUGGAGCCGACAAGGGUCCUGACACAGACGACCCCAGAAGCAAACACAAGUUCAAGAUCCACACAUACGGAAGUCCCACCUUCUGUGACCACUGCGGUUCGCUGCUGUACGGGCUCAUCCACCAGGGGAUGAAAUGUGACACCUGCGACAUGAACGUGCACAAGCAGUGUGUGGUCAAUGUGCCAAGCCUGUGUGGGAUGGACCACACAGAGCGCCGGGGUCGCCUCUUCCUCAAGAUCGAGGUCAGCGGGGACAGGCUACACGUCACAGUGGGUGAAGCCAGAAACCUGAUCCCCAUGGAUCCGAAUGGUUUAUCAGACCCGUAUGUCAAACUUAAGCUUAUCCCAGACCCAAAGAAUGAGACUAAACAGAAGACCAGGACCAUCCGUUCAUCUCUCAACCCCUGCUGGAACGAGUCCUUCACCUUUAAGCUGAAAGCCGCCGACAAGGACCGCCGUCUCUCCAUUGAGGUGUGGGACUGGGACCGAACCACCCGGAACGACUUCAUGGGCUCCAUGUCGUUCGGAGUGUCCGAGCUGAUCAAAGCUCCCACCUGUGGCUGGUAUAAGUUGCUGAACCAGGAGGAGGGGGAAUACUACAACGUGCCCAUCCCCGAGGAGGACGAUGUCGACCUGGAGCUCCGACAAAAGUUUGAGAAAGCCAAGCUGGGCCACGGUAAGAAAGUGAUCACGCCAUCAGACCACCGGCGGUUCAGCCUGCCUUCAGGUAACAUGGACCGGGUCCGACUCAGCGACUUUAACUUCCUGGCCCUGCUGGGGAAAGGCAGCUUUGGCAAGGUAAUGUUGGCAGAGAUGAAGUCAACAGAGGAGCUGUAUGCCAUCAAGAUCCUAAAGAAAGAUGUCGUAAUCCAGGAUGAUGAUGUUGAAUGUACGAUGGUGGAGAAGAGAGUUUUGGCCCAGAGAGACAAACCGCCUUUCCUCACACAGCUGCACUCCUGCUUCCAGACUGUGGAUCGGCUGUACUUUGUGAUGGAGUAUAUAAAUGGAGGAGACCUUAUGUAUCAUAUCCAGCGAAUGGGCAAGUUCAAGGAGCCACAGGCAGUGUUUUAUGCUGCAGAGAUUGCUGUCGGUUUGUUUUUCUUGCACCGGAAGGGCAUCAUCUACAGGGAUCUGAAGCUUGACAACGUGAUGCUGGACUCCGAGGGCCACAUCAAGAUUGCUGACUUUGGCAUGUGUAAGGAGAACAUGUACGAAGGCAUGACCACACGCACCUUCUGUGGCACACCCGACUACAUUGCACCAGAGAUUAUAGCAUACCAGCCGUACGGGAAAUCUGUGGACUGGUGGGCAUAUGGAGUUCUUCUGUAUGAGAUGCUGGCGGGACAGCCGCCGUUUGAUGGAGAGGAUGAGGACGAGCUAUUCCAGUCUAUCAUGGAGCACAAUGUGUCCUACCCUAAGUCCAUGUCUAAAGAAGCUGUGUCCAUCUGCAAAGGACUGAUGACUAAGCACCCAUCAAAGCGUCUCGGCUGCGGCCCAGAAGGCGAGAGGGACAUCAGGGAGCAGGCCUUCUUCAGACGCAUCGACUGGGAUCGCCUGGCCAACAGAGAGAUCCAGCCGCCAUUUAAGCCCAAAGUGUGUGGCAAAGCAGCAGAAAACUUUGACAAGUUUUUCACACGCACCCAGCCCGUGCUGACCCCUCCCGACCAGCUGGUCAUCGCCAACAUCGACCAGAGCGAGUUUGCAGGCUUCUCCUACAUCAACCCUCAGUUCACCCAUCCAUCCCUGCACAGCGUGGUAUGAGGAGAGAGUGGCGAGAGAGUGAAGUGAAAGAGGAAAAAAAAAAAAAAAGCAUGGACUGUUGCUGACUACAUACAGGAUCCUUCCAAACUCCAACAACCGUCCCGCUGUCAAAAAGACUAACACCGUCCUCUACAGUGUUCUGUCGACUAGUUAUUGAUAUCCGUGUGCAGAAAUGACUCAGGAGAGGGGAGCAAAGUGUUAAAAUGAUGUUUGUGGGCGUGUUGGUACAAUCUGAACUGAGAGGAAAAAGUACAUGGCACUGAUAUUUUUUUUUUUGCAUCAUUUUCCCAAAACAUCUCAUAACUAUGUUCUUUAUUCUGAAUCUUAUUAUCUGUGUUUCUCCCAACCUGCAGCCUUUUCUUGUGUAUGAAGGUUUCUAUCUCAUUAGGUGUUAAAGAUAUCAGAUGUAGACACUUUUCCUCCUCAUUCCAUCCAUGUUUCCCCCAUCUUACUACGCAACAAGCUGCAAUGCACGACAAGAACGGAACCUAUUUUUUCUGCUCUGUCCCGGCUUUAUCUACUUCUGAACUGCUACUGUACACGUAUAUACUAUAUUUAUAUACUCAAAAAAAAAAAAAGAGGUAGUAUGCUGUUACAUGAGUGCCAAAGUAGAAGUGGAAGAAAUCAUUUCUAUUGCAGUUCUUACAGUCCUUGUAAUGUUAUUUUUCUUUUUCUUAACCUUCCCAAUAGUGUCAACACACUAAAACCCCUAAACGUUUCUAUCUGUUGUUUUGUAGGACGUGGAGCUACAGUACAGUAUAUCUAACUCAAAUAGAGAAACAGAAGCACAUUAUGCUUACAGUUACAAGCUGUCUAGGCCUGUCCAGGCCUGGGUGACGGGUGAAUGCAGUCUAUAGGGUCAGAAAACUGUGGAUCAAAGAGACAGCGUUUUGAUUAAAGUCUAAAGAUGCUAUUUCCAUAUGCACAAAGCAGAUCUCUGUUGCAUGCUUAUGUUCUGACUCUGUACGAGCAGUAGACUCUAGGAUGCAGUACACGUCUGGUAUCACUGUAAAGUUUAGUAUUACGAUAUAAACUAUGUUAAAAUAUAAUUGUUGUAUGUUUUGGGAAAAGUCUUAUUCUAAAGAAACAUUUCUAAUUGUUAAGGGAGAGGUUUUGUUCCUGUUUUAUGUUAAAUUUAACUAAAUUUUAUGUCCUACUAUAUGUCAACCGUUUUUUUUUUGUUUUGUUUUGUUUUUUUGUUUUUUGUAAAUAUGUUUCAAAUGAGAUGUUUCAAAAAGAGAAGCAGAUUUUAUACUAUGAACUGAAUGUGCUUUUACUACCAUAGACGGUUUGGACAUUUCUAUGUUUAGAUUACCCCGAGAAGAGAUAUAUAACGUUUGGCUGAAUCUUUGGUAGCUUUGGUAUCAGCAAACCUUGUUAUAUGUAUUUCCACUAUCUAUUUAUCCAUUGUUUUCUACUACUUCUCAGUGUCAUAGAGAAUAUGCAGCGUCUACUGUGCGUGAAAAACGGUUGAACGCCCUCUUGCCUUGGUCUUCUCAGGGCGACUCCUUCUGUCACAAACUGAAUUCAGAACCAAGUGAGGAUUUUCGGAGCCCCUCGGUGGAUGAAACACGUCUUUUCUUUCUUGCGUAUAUCGUGUGCAUGCGUGAGGCGAGGCCUGAUUUAAGCAUGAGAAAGACCCCCUUUGCAUGAUACAGAGAUCCCCAGUGUGGAGCAUGCGAGUUCCCCACCUUGUCGCACAGAAUGAGACGAACCCGUCUGACAAGAAUCAUCAUGCGCUUUUCUGCUCAUCGUCUCAUCCCUCUCGCUGUCAUGUAGCCCGAUACUGUUUGGCUAAAAAGCUGAAUUAUACACAGACAAAUACUAUAUAUGUAAACUGCUUCUGUUGGCUUUUCGUUCACUGGUGCCAAACUGAGUCUUUUUUGUUUCCAGUCAGGUGUGUCCAGCAGUGUUGUUUUUUUUUUUUUGAGACAAGGCACACAAAGCUACAACAGUGAGGCUUCAUAAAACUGCCAAAUUUAAGAAGACUCUCUAUCCCAGGUCUUCGCCCAUGAAUUAGUCAUUUAACCUGUGCAUGUAGACUAAUAUCGCAGCUGUCACAUCUGGACCAAAAUGAGAUUUCUAAGACUGAAUGUUUACAUGUCUCACAUUGAGAAUCUGUAUCGGAGGAGAGAGGGAAAAAAAAAAACAACCUUUGGACCCAUGACAGAGAUAAUCAAAUGUUAGGCCAGUCAGGGUCAUUACCACUGCAGCUACAAUUAGAGCCACAGGGACGUUUGUAUGUGUUUCCUCUCACGGCCCCUGCUUUUGUUAACCUGAUUCUUCUUGUUCCUCUGUUUAUUGUGGUAUGACGGAUACUGUGUAUAAAUAAAGUAUGAAAAAUA